AUGGGACGGCUCUCCUGCGGCGGCGGCGGCGUGCAGCCCAAGCUCCGCAAGGGGCUCUGGUCGCCCGAGGAAGACGAGAAGCUGUACAAUCACAUCAUCCGACACGGCGUCGGCUGCUGGAGCUGUGUCCCCAAGCUCGCAGGCAAGCAACACGAGCCUUACACACUCUCACUGUUGUAUCCAUCAGUCUGUCGUCGUCGUCUUCCUUGCCUGCAGCGCUGCGGCAAGAGCUGCCGCCUGCGGUGGAUGAACUACCUCCGCCCCGACCUCAAGCGCGGCAGCUUCUCGCAGCAGGAGGAGGACCUCAUCGUCGCGCUCCAUGAGAUCCUGGGCAACAGGUGGUCGCAGAUCGCGUCGCACUUGCCGGGGCGGACAGACAACGAGAUCAAGAACUUCUGGAACAGCUGCCUCAAGAAGAAGCUCCGGCAGCGCGGCAUCGACCCGGCCACGCAUAAGCCCAUCGCCGCCGGCGCCGCCGCGGAGGCGGGCGCGGCGUUGCCGGACGCUCGGGACCACGACCGCAAGCCCGGAGGAGCCGCAGCCGCCGCCGCCGACGCGGACGGCCUCGCCCAGAGCAAGCAGCAGCAGCCGGCGGCGGCCGUGUUCGACCCGUUCCCGGUGACCGACUUCGGCUUCGACCUGGGCGUGGCGGCAUUUUACGCCGGUCCCUACGACGCCGACGGCAAGGCGUCGUCGGACGCCGGGUUCGUGGCCGACUACAGCAGCGUGCUGGACGUGUCGGAGAACCUGGGCUACGGGGAGAGCUUCAGCAACAUCAGCAACUGGAACUGCGGCGCGGAGAUGAGCAAUGCCGUGCUCGACAGCGAGGUGCUGCACUGGGCCUCCGGCGGCGCCGCGGCCAAGCCGGAGCCCUACACGGAGCUGGAGCAGCAGCAGCACAGCGGAGGCUACGGCGGCGGGGGCCAGGCGGUGGACGACGACGCGCUGGAGCACAAGUUCUUGCUGCCCUGCGGCCAGGAGCAGAGCCUGGCGCAUUUCGACUUCAACUUGGAAUACUUCUGA